GAGCGGGUGCGCGCGCUGAGGGUUGGCCGGCCGUGCGAGAGGGGCUUGGUGAAGGCGGCAGCGGCGGGACAGGGCAGCGCGCGGGCGGAGGGGUGCUGAUGGUGCGGCCUGAUGUCUAAGACGCUGCGGAGGAAGCGGCACUGGCUGAGCAAGGUGCAAGAGUGCGCCGUGUCCUGGGGGGGCGGCGGCGGCGGCUCCGGCCCGAAUCCCGACUGGCUGCGGGGCGGCGCCGAGCGCGGCGAGUUCCCUUACCUCGGGGCCCGCCUGCCGACGCUGGCCGAACCGGGCGGUGGUGGGACCGGCCCCGUGCUGCUCUCGGGGAAGCCCCCCAGCCCCGGCGACGUACUGCUGGAGGUCAACGGCACCCCUGUCAGCGGCCUCACCCACCGAGACACCCUGGCCGUCAUUCGCCACUUCAGGGAGCCCGUGCGCCUCAAGACCGUGCGGCCAGGGAAAGUCAUCAACAAAGAUCUGCGUCACUACCUAAGCUUGCAGUUCCAGAAAGGCUCCAUAGAUCAUAAACUACAACAAGUGAUCAGAGACAAUCUUUACUUGAGAACCAUCCCAUGUACUACAAGAGCUCCACGAGACGGGGAGGUCCCUGGGGUAGACUAUAACUUCAUUCCAGUUGAACAAUUUAAGGCAUUAGAAGAAAGUGGAGCCCUACUAGAAAGUGGAACAUAUGAUGGUAAUUUCUAUGGUACCCCCAAACCUCCGGCUGAGCCCAGUCCAUUUCAGCCUGACCCAGUGGACCAAGUGCUUUUUGAUAAUGAUUUUGACCCAGAAUCUCAAAGGAAAAGAACCACAUCAGUCAGCAAGAUGGAGAAAAUGGAUAGCUCCCUUCCUGAAGAAGAGGAGGAAGAAGAAAAGGAAGCAAUUAAUGGCAGUGGAGGCACAGAAAACAAAGACAGACAUUCAGAUUCUUCUGACUGGAUGAAACCAGUGCCUAGUUACAAUCAAACAAGCAGUUCUAUGGAUUUCAGGAACUAUUUAUCAAGGGAAGAAAAUCUAGAGCCUCUACCUAAGAACUGGGAAAUGGCCUACACAGACACAGGAAUGAUCUAUUUCAUUGAUCAUAACACCAAAACCACCACCUGGCUGGAUCCUCGUCUUUGUAAAAAAGCCAAAGCUCCUGAAGACUGUGAAGACGGAGAGCUUCCUUAUGGUUGGGAGAAAAUAGAAGACCCACAGUAUGGAACGUACUACGUUGAUCACAUUAACCAGAAAACCCAAUUUGAAAAUCCAGUCUUGGAAGCCAAACGAAGAAAACAGCUGGGACAAAAUGAUGGAGGCCCUCCAAUUGCAGAACCAGUGAAAUCUCUCUUUACCCGAGACCCAUCCCAGUUAAUAGGAGCACUCAUACGGACAUCACUGAAAAAAAGUACUAUGGGAUUUGGUUUUACAAUAAUUGGUGGAGACAGGCCAGAUGAGUUUCUCCAGGUAAAGAAUGUGCUGAAAGAUGGACCUGCUGCACAGGAUGGCAAAAUUGCACCAGGAGAUGUCAUUGUAGACAUAAAUGGUACAUGUGUCCUUGGCCACACACAUGCUGAUGUUGUCCAGAUGUUUCAGUUAGUUCCUGUCAACCAGUAUGUGAAUAUGACUUUGUGUCGUGGAUACCCACUUCCUGAUGAAAAUGAGGACCGUGUUGUAGACAUUGUUACUGCUACUCCUGUCUUAAAUGGUCAGCCAAUACCAAAAGGAGAUACUUGCAUGAUUAAUCAAGAGUUAAUACCUGGAACAGUGGUUUUGGACCAGAAUGGGAAACCAGGGCAUAUUUUGGUCAACGGUCGGCUAAAUGGCCCUUCAACGGACCUUGGUGAACAGAGGGUGUCAAUGUCUUCUUCAGGAUGCUCUCAGGCAGAACUGAUUACAAUUCCUCUAAUUAAAGGCCCUAAAGGUUUUGGAUUCGCAAUAGCUGAUAGCCCUGCAGGACAGAAGGUGAAGAUGAUUUUAGACAGCCAGUGGUGCCAUGGUCUUCAGAAAGGUGAUAUUAUUAAAGAGAUUUAUCAUCAGAACGUGCAGAACUUGACACAUCUCCAAGUGGUGGAAGUACUAAAGCAGUUUCCGGUUGGAGGAGAAGUGCCACUUCUUAUCUUAAGGGGAGGACCUUCCUCACCUGCUAAAUCUUCCAAUGUUGCAAGUAUUGAUAAUAAAAUAGAGGACACUUCAGUUGGAAGUCAAGAGGCCAUCAGUGAUGCAGUUCCACAGCCCAUGCCUUUUCCACCCACUGCUGUAAGGUCAGCCUCCCCAAAGCUAGACCCUUCAGAAGUCUAUCUGAAGUCUAAAACAUUAUUUGAAGAUAAACCUCCAAACACAAAGGAUUUGGAUGUUUUCCUGAGAAAGCAGGAGUCUGGUUUCGGCUUUCGGGUUCUUGGAGGCGAUGGACCAGAUCAGUCUAUCUACAUUGGAGCUAUCAUUCCACUGGGAGCAGCAGAGAAAGAUGGCAGACUACGUGCUGCUGAUGAGCUUGUGUGCAUUGAUGGCAUCCCUGUCAAAGGGAAAUCACAUAAGCAAGUUUUGGACUUAAUGACUAGUGCUGCACGAAAUGGCCAGGUGCUACUGACAGUCCGCCGAAAGAUCUUCUUUGGUGUAGAUAAACAAUCAGAAGAAGAGUCUUCAUCCCAAGUUCCCAUCUCCUCCCAGAAUGGCUCUCCCAGGCCAAAUCGAGCAGAACUAGCCAGACAGUUCCCAGAGGCCUAUGAUGUUGUACUGCAACGGAAAGAGAAUGAAGGAUUUGGCUUUGUAAUCCUUACUUCAAAAAACAAGCCACCACCUGGUGUCAUUCCUCAUAAGAUUGGCCGCGUCAUUGAAGGGAGCCCAGCUGAUCACUGUGGGAAACUGAAAGUGGGAGACCGAAUUUCGGCAGUGAAUGGGCAGUCAAUUGUGGACCUCUCACAUGAAAAUAUUGUGCAGCUGAUAAAAGAAGCAGGGAACACUGUCACACUCACUGUUGUUGCUGAGGAAGAGCACCGCGGUCCCCCCUCAGGAACAAAUUCUGCCAAACAAAGUCCAGCUCUACAGCACCGAUCAGUAGGAACAGGACCAGUCACCUCUGUGACCACAGAGAGGACUACUACAGAAGCUGAUCCUGGAAAAGAACAAAGCAACUGCUACAAGCAUUUCUCAGUCUCACCAUCAGAAAUCAGUGUAGCAUCUACCAUUGGAAGCAAACAUUCUCAGAGUCCUGGAUGUUAUCCUGUAGAGUUAGAGCGAGGUCCCCGAGGCUUUGGAUUCAGCCUUCGUGGAGGGAAGGAGUAUAACAUGGGGUUGUUCAUUCUCCGACUUGCUGAGGAUGGCCCAGCUAUCAAAGAUGGGAGAAUUCAUGUUGGUGACCAGAUUGUUGAAAUCAAUGGGGAACCAACCCAAGGAAUCACCCAUACACGAGCCAUUGAAUUGAUUCAGUCUGGAGGAAAUAAAGUUCUCCUCCUUUUGCGACCAGGAACUGGCUUAAUACCAGAUCAUGGUUUGGCUCCUUCCAGUUUGUGCUCCUACGUGAAACCUGAGCAGCAUUAAAGCUUUCAGUGCUUUUCUU